CAGAAUUCUUCUUUCAGACCACGGAGAGGAGAGUUACUGAGGCUACCAGUUGAACAGAAGUAAAUCGCCUAGCAGAUUUCAUCAAAGUGCUGUCCGGAGGUGCCACCUUCUCCAGUGGCCCCCUGCCCGCAGCCGGCCCCCACCCCCGUCCUUCUCUCGGCUCCUCCCCGUCCCUGUCUCCGUGGCAAUAAAGGUCCCCUCCCCUCCUCUGCCAAGCUGUCGGACAUGUCCGGUCCUGUUCCGAGUCGGGCCCGAGUGUACACGGAGGUGAACACGCACCGGCCCAGGGAAUACUGGGACUAUGAGUCUCACGUGGUUGAAUGGGGAAAUCAAGAUGAUUUUCAGCUGGUUCGAAAACUCGGACGAGGAAAAUACAGUGAAGUCUUUGAAGCAAUCAACAUCACAAACAAUGAGAAAGUGGUGGUAAAAAUCCUCAAGCCCGUGAAGAAGAAGAAAAUCAAACGAGAGAUUAAGAUUCUGGAGAACCUUCGCGGAGGCCCUAACAUCAUCUCCCUCAUCGACAUCGUCAAAGAUCCUGUGUCCAGGACUCCUGCACUGGUUUUUGAACAUGUUAACAACACUGACUUUAAGCAAUUAUAUCAGACUCUAACGGACUAUGACAUCCGAUUCUACAUGUACGAGAUCCUAAAGGCUCUGGAUUACUGCCAUAGCAUGGGCAUCAUGCACCGAGAUGUGAAACCACAUAACGUCAUGAUUGAUCACGAACACAGGAAGUUGCGUCUUAUUGAUUGGGGUCUUGCUGAGUUCUAUCACCCGGGCCAGGAGUAUAACGUCCGAGUCGCUUCUCGUUACUUCAAAGGUCCAGAGCUUCUGGUGGACUAUCAGAUGUAUGAUUACAGCCUGGACAUGUGGAGUCUGGGGUGCAUGCUGGCCAGUAUGAUCUUCAGGAAGGAGCCUUUCUUCCAUGGGCAUGACAAUUACGACCAGUUGGUUAGAAUAGCCAAGGUCCUGGGAACUGAGGACCUGUUUGAUUAUAUUGACAAGUACAACAUUGAACUGGAACCUCGCUUCAACGAUAUUCUCGGAAGGCACUCUCGAAAGAGGUGGGAGCGUUUUGUGCACAGUGAGAACCAGCACCUGGUCAGUCCGGAGGCGCUGGACUUCCUGGACAAGCUUUUGCGUUACGACCAUCAGGCCAGACUGACAGCCCGCGAGGCCAUGGAGCACCCUUACUUCUACCCCAUAGUGAAGGACCAGUCUCGCAUGGCAGGAUCCACCAACGUGCCAGCUGGGAACACAGCUGUGAGCACGGCCAGUAUGAUCACAGGCAUCGCUGCCCUUCCAGCCUCCACAGCCCUGGGUCCUCUGGCCGGGUCUCCUGUCCUCUCCGCCGCCAACAACCUUAGCACCCCUGUGCCCGCUGCCGCAGGUGCCCCUCAGUGAUGCCACUGUGCCCACGUUCUUAACUGGCUCCCAUGGCUGGGGCGAUGGGUGCCAAUCUGCCAGUCCACACCCACCUCCACUUAGUUCAGUCUGCUGAGGAUGCCAACCUCUGGGAUAGUGUUUUUGGAAUUUUUUUUGUUUUCCCCAUGGAUUUUUUUUGUUUUCCA